CAGCUGGGGAAACGUGCGCUCAGACAGUCGGCAACACCACACUGGGAAUCACAACAUCCUACCCCGGGGAGCCUCGGCGGUGCAGAAGGAGAGCGUUCGUCUCAUCGCUGCUGCAGCAGAAUCACACAGCGGACUUAAAAGCCCCCCAAUGCAGACAGGUUUAAUACAAAGCGCCACUGACCAGACAAUAGAGCCGCUCAACGCCGUGUCUCCGGGGGGACAAAGGCAGUGAAAGACAGGGGACUGAUCCCGGCAGCCACCCACCGGGAGCUAUUUCUGGGAUACCGGGGGGGAGCACGAUCGAGGGGAACAGUGGAUGCCCCAAAGCUGACAUCUCAUCUCCUUCCGCGGUGAAGAAUGCGGCUUGUGCGGAGGGCUUUGCGGCGACACACGCGAACGAUUGGAUCUGGACCGAAACAGACACCGGGGAUAGACUUGAUGUCGUCUAACUUUGUGAACAGCGAGAUUUGACGCUGGCGAGACAUUUUUAUUCUUCAAAUCCGUAUUCCUCGGGAGGGGUUAAUUGCACCACUUCGGUCAACAGAAUUGAAAGGCAAACGGCGGGGGGAACAAUAGUCUGAAAUCCAUUCUUAGUAAAACCCCGGAGCAGCGACUGGCUCAAGCGCACUACCUAUAGCAGGACCGAUCCAGCCCAGGAGCGUGACCGACCCAGAUCCGGAGAGAUCCCGAAAAACAGCCCGGUUAGCGGCGUGCUCAUUACAGCCGAGAUCGAUGCGAGGAGUCCCGGUGAUCUCAUACUGUCAGCAGGGGGUUUAAACCGAAAUGUGACUCUAUUUACCUCCAAUACACACACACACACACGUGAUUCAGUAUUCUGGAGUCGGAGAUUUGAUUAGAAGGCAAGGGCAGCGAGAGAGAGCCCAUCGUCUACUGCUGUCAGCAACACCCGGCUCGCUGAAGGCACACAGCGUGCGGGUCAGCCGCACACAGGCACAUACGGGAGGGGGUCUGUGGCGGCAGGCUGGGUCAGACAGGAGAUCCUGGCAGCUUCCACUGAACGGCCUCAGCUACAGGUCAUGGCGCGCUGUUCUCAGUGGCUGGCCCUCUUCCUGCUCCUGCUCUCCCUGCUAGGGGGGGGCUCCUCCCAGAAUUCCAGCGCCCCCCGCGGCUGUGGCCUGGGCCUGCAGGCGUCCUACACCCCGCUGUGCGACCUGGAGGCCGUGUGGGGCAUCGUCCUGGAGGCGGUGGCCGGGGCCGGCGUCCUCACCGCCCUGCUGCUGGCCCUGGUGCUGCUGGGACGCCUGCCCUUCAUCACGGAGCCGGAGAAGCGCAGCCCCGUGGGGCUGCUGCUGCUGCUGCUGCUGGGCGUGCUGGGCCUGUUCGGCCUCAGCUUCGCCUACAUCAUCCGGCCCGACGAGAGGGUGUGCGUCGCCCGCCGCGCCCUCUGGGGGGUGCUCUUCUCCCUCUGCUUCUCCUGCCUGCUGGCCCAGGGCUGGCGGCUGCGGAGGCUGGCGCGUCAGGGAAAGAGCCCGGGAGCCUGGCAGCUCUGCUGGCUGGCCAUCAGCCUGACCCUGGUGCAGGCCAUCAUCGCCACCGAGUGGCUGGUGCUCACCGUGGUGCGGGAGGGGCAGCCGGCCUGCGGGUACCUGCCUCUGGACUUCACCCUGGCUUCGACCUACGCCCUGGUCCUCCUGCUGGCCUCCCUGGUCCUGGCCGUGCUCUGCCUGUGCGGGAAGUUCUGCAAGUGGAAGCGCAACGGGGUCUUCCUCGUCCUCGCCUGCCUGCUCUCCCUGCUGCUGUGGGCGGCCUGGUCCGGCUUCUACCUGUACGGCAACCGGGCCCUGGGCCACCCGCCGCUGUGGGACGAGCCCACCCUGGCCAUCGCGCUGGUCUCCCACGGCUGGGCCCUGCUGCUGCUGCACGCCAUUCCCGAGGUGCACUGCUGCGUCCGGCCCCCGCCCCCGCCCAGCGCCCCGGACUACUUCGACACCUCGCAGCCGCCCCCCCGCCUGCGCGAGACCAGCUUCGACGAGGACGUGGCCCUGCCUCACCGGCCCUACAUGGAGAACCAGGCCUUCUCCUUCGACGAGCACAAUGCAGCUCUGCGGGCGGGGGGGUACCGCAAUGGCAACCUGGGCUCUCGCCCCAGCGUCCCCUUCCGCAGCAAUGUGUACCAGCCAACUGAGAUGGCAGUGGUGCUCAACGGCGGCACGAUCCCUUCUGCGCCCCCCAACUACACAGGACGGCACCUGUGGUGAAGCCAGGAGGAUUGGGGGUGACCAGUCUGCGGGGGACCAGGGGGUGCCAGCGAGUUCCCCGGUGCACUGGAGCUACUUGCAGGGUUUUCUUUUGGUGGCGAUGUGGGGGGGGGGAACGGGGAGAGCCGACAGGAUCCUCUGCACCGACCCUGCGGGCUGAACUGUACAGAGAGGGAGCAGGGAGGCAGAGUGCCGCUGCUUGGCUUCGUAACCGACUUCUAACACAUUAACACUGCAGAGGACGGGCGUGUGGAGCCUGGAAGGGAGGGUACUCCGGAACUGCUCUAGCGCAGUGCUGAAUUUGCACCAGUUUCCAAUUCGAACCAUACAAAGCCGAGUCUUGUUUAAUUUCUAAAAGAGAAACUAGCAGAUGACCCAAAAAGCUGACUUCUACCAUCUGUGAUAGCAGAACACAGGACACGAAAUGGGACACAGAAUUCAAUCGCAUCGUGAGCUGUGACUCAGUAAUGGGGUUACCCCUGGCUAACACCUACUUCCUGUAUAAUUCAACGAAAGUAGGGUGGUGAGAAUAUAGAAAUAAAAACAUGUACACUUCGUUUAGCAGAAGGUGCAUUACACCAGGUUGUAGAAUUUUCCUUUAAAGGGGUGUAAUGAGCACAACACUUACUACUUACAUAUUACUGAGCAUUUGAGGACCCAGAAAAAGCUUUAUGUUACUAUCAAUGAACCUUGGUAGCCUAACCAAAUACUGUACUUUAAUCUUUGUUACUGGCAAAGCUGUUUAAGCAUUUUUAUUUUGCCACAACAGUACUUGCUAAAAGAGAGUACGCUGAGCUCUAAAAACUAGAACCUGGUAGUCUGAAGUGGAUUUUCCCGAGCAAUUAAAAGCGCUCCCCCAGAAAGUAAGCUCUGGUGCAAACUGAGCAGGCGGCAGAGUUUGACGGAGCGGUCAUUGGGUUGGGUUUGCUUUGUUUGAGGUGGCUGGUUGGUUGAAAUGUAAUGGGCCUGGUCCAGCAGCAAGAGCUCAGCACAGAAAACAGCCCCAGUGGAUUCAGGUCAGAAGCAGAGUCCACCCUCUUUCCCAGAUUUGUUAUGAAACUGCACCAGCCUCCUCUUCACCUCAGUGCUGCUGGACGCAGUUCCAUCCCAUUUCAUGCAGUGGUUGGCACCACUAAAUUAAGUGAAGGAAACUGUUGCCUCAUUGUAUGAUCCAGUUGCGGCCCCGCUGUUAAGGUGAAUUCUUGUGAGGAUUUUUGAAACGAGAGAAGAAACUUCAGAGAGGUGCUGUCUGGCUGUUUUUAGUGGGGUUCUGCUUUCUCUUGUAAAAACAAAACCAUGUAAUUGUUUUUCCUCUGGGAUUUCUCUUGCUGCUCAUGCAAAGUGCACGUGUUUAAGCUCUUUCUGCACCUUUUACUUCUUCCCUCAGUGAACUUUGAACCCUGUCAUCCCUCAGUGAACUUUGAACCCCGUCAAAGUACUCCACCUGUCGUUUCUGCUCUUUUGGAAUCUCAGCUGUUCUGAUGUUUGGUUUGUUUGUAUUUGAGAUACAUAUAUUUUCUUUACUAAUGGAAAAUGGUUCACUUUUGUUCUUUGCACACAUCUGUGGUGGAUCGAUCACCACCACAGGAGAAUUCCUGAAAAUCCCAGGAGUUAUCUGGAAUGGAUGUCACAUUUCUUUGAAAUCUUCUGGGAGAGAGCCUGGGAUCUGGAAUAAAAGCAGUGUGCAUGACCGAUAUGAAUGGACUACAAAGAAGGACACCUUUGGAAAAGACUGGAGUAAACUGGAUCUCCAAGUCACCGAGUGAAACAGGCUGCCAUUUAGCUCCCUUUCUGUUUUGAUAAUUUUUAUAGAUGUUUCUUUUUGUUCUGUUUUUACUGUUUUCUUUUUAAUGCCUGUGAGGACUGUGAUGUAAGCAGCUGCUGUGCGUUUGUAGUGUGCGUGGGUGAGUGUGAGGGCACAGCGAUAGAAUGGGAGGGUGGGGUGUGUCAGUGCAGUCAGAGCUCCUGACUGACCAUGAGUGCAGCAAUUUGCCCUUCUCACACAAUCAAAAACACAUUUAUACAGUGCCUUCCCUGGAGCCUCUGAUAUUAAAAAAAAAUAACUUGAACAAUGGUACCGUUGAUUUUUUUUAAAAACAAAACUGAGAUCGCUUGAUACUGUAGGUAAUGCCUGUUUUCGCAUUGGCAGAUAAUAUGUGUAGAGUUUUGUAUCGUGAAACGUCAGCCAUAUUCGGGUUACCCAGGAAACCAGUGACUGCUUGGCCUAGAGCAUGGUAGUCUGGAGUGGAUUCAAAGUUUUCCCCCAGAAAAUAAAUUCUGGUGCAAACUGAGACCCAGAGAACUGACGAGAGGCAGUGUGCCAGAUACUGUAUGAAAAAGAGAGAACUCCUAGGUUUGUUUGCAAAACUGCAUUUCCUUGUUCUAAUUCAUGUGUGCUGGGGCUAGAGCUUAUUCAGUGUCACUAAUCAUGGCGGGUGACCCAAGCUUAUGAGAAGGGUUGGUCGUUGAUAAUAGGGAAGUGCUGGUGUGGCUGAUGUUGUACACAGAGACAUUAGGAGUGUGAAGAAGAUCAGUAGUUUCUUUUACAUUUCACCCCAUAUCUUUUUCUGUAGUGCUCUUUAACCAGUAGUUGAACAAAUGCUGAUAAAACAUUAUGAUUGCCUUUUCAGCUGAUGUGUUUGUUUUGUGACUGAGCACCCAUGAUUCUUAAAACACCACAGCAGAACAUGACGAAAAUCGUUCAUGUUUCAAAAUCGUCGCUUUUUUAUUGUGUGCAGUCCCAAAACACAACCUUUAUCAUUGAAGAAGGAAUAAUGGACUCGUACUGUUAGUCACACAGAGCUUUGUUAAGUGCCUUGGGGCAACCUUGUGAAAGGUUCUAUAUAAAAAUAAAUAGAAUUUAAUUGAAAUUGAAUUAAUCAAAAUAAAUCAUCUUAACACUAGUUCAAGAGUAAAGGGCAAAAAAAGCAUAUCUUUAAGAAUGAGCUGGUUUUGCACACAUGCCCCACAGAUAUAGAUUAUUAGUGUUGCACCUUAGAGUAGAUCUAUAUAUACUAACAUGCGGCUGUCCAGGAGAUGACAAAUUAAUCCGGCUUGCAGUAUCGUUUCAGAUAGUCCUUGUGCAAAGUUUAGGUGGAUACAUGCCAGUCUGGAAAGAGCUGUCACCCCCACUACACAGGACUGACACACACACGGACAAAGAAAGGACUGAAAUGUCACACCAAGCCUGACCUUUGAAAGCUGACUCUGAGCUAGGCUGCAGGAACUUCCUCAAGUCAAAGUGCAAAACAACAGGCAGAUGAAGAGGAGGGCUGCCCAUAUAAAAGCUCGGAAAGGGCUGCUGAGCCAUUUUAUCACACAGCAGACGUGUGUUUGGCCCCAUUGUGUUCACUGGAAGUUCCAGUCUUUAACUGUGGUUAAAGCAGAUGAUGCAUUUGGACAGUGUUGCAUCUGCAUAGACAUUCGCUUUGUUUGGUAGGUUGUGGGUUUUAGGUGACUGAUUGGGUUGUAACCAGUAGGGGCUCAUGGGAGACAGAGUUGCCUGGUGAGCUUUACCCAAUGUGAUCUGGCAGAGCCAGGCAAGUGGCUGGUUCAUUGCUCCUAGCUUAUGCUCUGAGUGGUCAGAGGUGGCGAAAGCAUGGUUUCAAUGAUACCGUGGCCCUUCCAACACUAGCUGCAACAGUUUGGUUGCGGGCCUGGGUCAAGUUUUGCCAAGCAGAACAGAGACCUUUUUAAUAGCUGUUCAUCGACAUAAAGAGGAAUGCUGAACAUAGAAUUAAUGCACAGAGAAAUCUCUUUGCCCAGAAUUCAUUUUCAUUGUCCCAUUGUCCCCGGUGAUACUUGGCCUUCUGAACCUCACAAUUCAAACCCAGUUGUACUGUCCUGUAAUAUGAGACAGAUGGCCAUGUGACUCUUUAGACAGAAAGAAUCUAUGGCACCUUCCAGGACAGGAGUUGUAACCCCAAGGGACAAGGGUGCAUAACAUCUGACUGCCUUCAUCUCCCUGCCUGGAUUCAGAUUGAAGUCUCCUCUCUGUGGCUGAAUUCCAGCUGGUCCUGUGAUCCAAGUGUGCGGUACACCUCUAAGCUGAUUCUGCCGAAACUGUUGAUUUGCUGAAAAUGGCAUCACAAUCCCGGAUGAAAUCAAAGAUGCUCGACAAAUGGAAACAGUUAUUUUGGCGCCAUUGGUGUCCGGACUUGCGAAAUAAUGUUUUAAGAAAGAAAAAAGAAUUUGUGUAACAAAUGACCGGAUCUGCAAAAGAUCGAUACUGCUUUCUGAAAUAAAAUAACAAAAAUAAAUAUUUAUGUUACACUUAAGUGGAGGACAAAUAAUGGCGUAUAAAGUGACGAAGCAGAUAUUAAUACAAGUGUAUGCGCCUUCACUGUAUUGCUAGGCCUCAGGUGUUUCUCCAUUACAAUCUCCUGUAUUCUAUGCCUUUGGGUUCAGUGGAGCAGAGUGUCUGUUUGCACCCAAGAGAUCAUGUAAAAACACAGAGAGGCUCAAGGGAAGGAAAUGGGAAUAAAGACAGCAGACAGAAGUCAGGGGUAUUCGCCUUCUUUUCUCUUUUGCACAAAGACUAGAAUUGAGUGCUUGAAAGUGCAUUGUAUGAGACAAACACCUUUACUGUCAUAAUCAGCAGGGGAACGGGAAAAUGUUCUUCUUUAAUGUGAUGUGAUUCUUGAGUGGCACUGCGUGCAGGUUCUUAGACCAGAAAUGAACAUGCCCAUAGUGAGGUAGUAACGUGCUGUCUCAUCAUUCUGGUUAAAUAUUGUACCGUGCCAUUCCUUGACCUCUGAUGGAGGGUAACUUCUUCUGAAAUCUUAAUUACUUUGUUCUGUGUUCCGCAUUAUCUGUAGCUGCGGUGCAAAAUGGGAAUUGUAGAAUAAGAAAUCUUUUUUACACUAGGAAAAUAAAUUGAUAAAAAAAAACUCCAGCCUUGGUAUCUUGCUGAUACUACAUAUUACUUUCAACUAUAUAAUUGUAAUGGUUCUAUAUCAAAUGUUGCUGUUUUUUUUGUAGAAAGAAAUGGUCAUCCUGGACAAGUUAUGGACUGAUUUGCGAUUUAACAAUAAUGAUGAGCAGAACAACCUGUCAAUGGCAGAUGUAGUUCACAUACAAAACUGUUUUUGACAGUCUUCUUCUGAUUUUCUUUGACAAGCAUUUGAUGAAAACAAAUGCUGAUUAUCAAUAUACAGGUCUUCAGGACCUUCUAAGCAACUGACAGCCCUAUGUUCCAGAAAGACUUGUUUUUUACAAAACAAGGUUUUCAAUGCCUCAGUCCUGCAGGUUAUUUAUGCUCCGGUGCAAAGACAGUAGGCACAAAAAUCUGGCAUUCACACAGAUCACAAUCUUCAAGACCCUGAUCGCAACUCAAGGCAAACUAUAUGUAAGCAGACUGUAUGAACAGUUGUAGCUUAUGCUUCACAAUUACCAUUCACAUCCAGAUGUCCCAUUCAAGGGUGUUCCUCAUCAUUACCCUCAUUCUAUCCCCACUAGAAGCCUUUUAAACCUCAAAAAGGCUAUUUUUUUCUACUGUGAAAUGCAGAUCUAUCAGGAUAAGCAUUCAUUUUAAAAUGGCUAAAAUUCCAUGGCAUUGUCUUAGAACAGUGUACCAGCAUGCAGAGGAAAAUCACCACAUGCUUGAUAUCCUGGGAGCUCGUUAGCUCACUUAUGGAAUUCACACAGAAAAGAAGAGGGUGUCUGCGCAGAGCAAAACCUCUCAGUGCUCCAAGCCCAUCAGUCCUUGCUACAUCUUUUUCAUUUGGAGGAGGAUUGCUCAGAAGUGUACUGGAGAGUUCCCUGUGAUCAAGCACCAGGGACAGAGAUGCUGCUGAAGCUUACUCGUAAUUCGCUGUGCUCCGGGCUGUUUUAAUUACUGAUGAAGGCAGGAGUUCAGGACUGAUAGAAAGAGCUGAUUGGAUAUUUAGUCCUGGACUGACCCUGGUUCUGUGAAUAAUCAGCAGCUGUUUAGCUCUGAUUACCAAGCUCUCUGGACUUGUAUCCUCUAGGAAGAAAAACAACUAAAAUCCUUAAAAACCGGCAUGUAAAGCACAACACCCCAACCAUUACUGCACUUUGUUAAGGGAUUCUUUAAGACUUUCAAGAGUCUUAAUGGGGGAGUCGGAGCCUAUCCCAGCAAGCAAUGGGUGCGAGGCAGGGUGGCCCCUGGACAUCCAUCAUAGGACAGACAGACACACUCACACCAGGGCCACUUCUCCUGGAAGCCAAUUAACUCACUAGUAUGUAUUUGUA